AAGCCCAGUGUGGAGGCCACACUGCAUACUGCCAAAGCACAGGGGAGACACCUACUCAUCGAGCUGCUGGACUGCUCUGCAAAGGCCACAGCUCUUUUCUACAAGACCGUGUUUAAAUAUCUGUCCUCGCCUUCCUCCAGUGACACAGCAUUGUUUUGGUCUGGCCAAAAGGGUCAAUCCUCGUUUUUUAAGGACAACAAUUCGACAGAUUCCAUCUCUCUCUCUCUCUCUCUCUCUGAGAAGACCGAGUUCAUCCGUCUCUCUGUCUGAGAAGGCCGAGUUCAUCCGUGUGUCUCUCUCUCUCUCUGCGAAGGCCGAGUUCAUCCGUCUCUCUCUCUCUCUCUCUGAGAAGGCCGAGUUCAUCCGUCUCUCUCUCUCUCUCUCUCUCUCUCUGCGAAGACUGCGUUUGCGGAGGACCCCGGGCUGUGGAGAUGAGAGUGGUGGGGGCGAGGUCAGCGCUGCGGACGCUGCUCUGUGUGUGCAUGUGCCUGUCGGCGGCGCAGGCCAGGAUCUGGGCCUGGAUGCUAGCCAUGCCUCACGGUCCUACCGAGGACGGCCCGCUCCGACACCACGACAAGGGACUGGAGGACCUGCCGUCCAGCUACAAAGCAGACUCGGUGGCCUGCGAGCAUGACCGAGCGUGUGGCAAAGGCUUCGCCUGCGACCGCCAUUUUGGCCGCUGCGUCCCCCUGAGGCAGGAGGGCCAGUACUGCCGUCGGGAUGGCCAGUGCGUGCGCAGCCUGCACUGCAUGUUUGGGAAGUGUCUACGCAGCAUCCCCGGGGGACAAGAGGGUGCGAGGUGUAAGGUGGACAGGGACUGUGGGCCCUCCAUGUGCUGUGCCCGUCACCAUGGCGAGCAGGUGUGCAAGCGGAAGCUGGCGCCCGGCGAAGGCUGCUUCGUGCCCUACGGUGGACUGGCCUUCAGCAUCAACCAGAUCUGCCCGUGCGACGAGGGACUGCUGUGUCGCAGCAGCAGCGGAGAACAGCCACGGAGGAAGAGAGAACUUGUGCACAGUCAUGAGCCAACCACCUGGACCUGUCAAACCUCAAAGCCCUAAAAAUGAGAGAGCAUCAACAACACACCAAUGUAUUUAUUUGUCAACAUGCUGCCGUAUAUAUUCUGUGAGUUUAUUGUACAUAUUGUAUUGUAUAUAUUAAUUACAAAGAUUUAUUCUUAUAUGUCAUAUGAUAUUAGAUGUUGAAUGGAAUGUUCCAUAAAGGUCAUUUUAGCUUACUGUGUCAGACUAUAGGUUAAUGCACUCUUCUAAACUGUUACAAAUGAAAAAAAAAAAAACCUUUAUUUUCAAAGUUGUUAAUAAACUUUUC